AUGAACAACUUUGGCGUAAUAGAGGUCGCGACAGCGCGAACGACCAACGCCCCAGGCUGGGCCUACGUACCAGACACGGGCCCCGCGCCCACCUCAUCCAUUGGCGCAGGCAACCAGUCGCGCAGCAAGCGUGCCCGCAAUACCGGCCCAGCUAACCUCAGCCAUGCGGACUUGACGGCGCGGCAGGAGGCCAAAGUGCGCCGCGAGCUCGAGGUACUCGACCGCGACAACUCUCGCGACGUCGUCAUACCCGUCCCGACAUCAUCGAGGUCCGCAAACAGCAAACAUACCCCCAAUGUCCGCAAGAUCCUCCAGAGCCAAAAGACGUUUGCCAACCACCUCGACGACUUUAUCGCCGCGGGCGCCGGGCUGGACAUUCCGGCCGCAGCCAUUACGGGCGCCGCUGCCGUGGGAGGCAGCUCAAGAUCGGCGGCGGCGGCAGCCACUGCGGCCAUUCGACGCGAGAGGACGGCGGGCGCACCGCAGCAGAGCCAGAGAAAGCCCGACACCACCACGGCAGGCAGUAAGCCCGGCGGCACCAGCAACAAACAAGCGCCAACAGAAGACGUGGAAAUGACCGACGCCGAACCAACCACGGCAGACACAAACUCGGUCUCGGCGUACCUCCAAGCCUACGACGGUCCCCGGCCAGCGCCGCACCCCGCCGACAACGACCCCUUGCUCACGUCCGUGGUACCGCCCGUGCCGUCGGACGAGGAGCUCAGGGCACUGCUCUCGGCGCCGCCCCUGACCUAUCUCGACGCCAAGGCAGGCUGGAACGACGAGGAUCAGCGGUACCCGACGAGGGUGUUUUGCGAGGUCUGCGGGUACUGGGGCCGGGUGCGGUGCAUGAAGUGCGGCGUCAGGGUUUGUGCCCUUGAGUGCCUAGAGACGCACCGCGAGGAGUGUGUUACGCGGUACGGACUAUAG